AUGGGAAAUUUAGCAACAAAAUCAGUCGGAAAAGAGGCUACUAACCAGGCUGAUAAAAAGCCGCCGGAAGAGCAACAGCCUGUUGAGCUUGAUCCGAAUAUUCGCAAGUCUUUUGAACGUCAUCUUGUAGACCUUCCGAACAUCUUCUCUCAUUUCAUUGUUGAAAGCUAUGGUGUUUCAACAAAAUAUGUUAUUUUAUGCUUCCCAAAUGGACAAGAUAUUUAUGUGGCUGCAACCGAUGGGGUUGACAAGUUGUUUGAGAAAAACGUAACAGCGGAAGAGUUUGAGGAUUUAAGAAAAGCAUUGGACUUGAAAAUUAAAAGAGGAACAGUGCAUAAUGCCCAUGUGUUCAAGGGAAUUGUGUCAGCAAUGACUCUCAAGAAACCUACAUUUGUUAUAAUUGAUGAAACUCUUCAAAAUGCAAAAUUAUCAAUUGAGGUCACUAUCAGAAAAAUAAGAACUGAAAUUGGGCUUCGAAUGAGACGCAAUGAAGACUGCUAUGAGAAAAUAUUUACUUACUUUUUAGUACCAUUAUUUCAUAAUUACUUUGGAAAGAUUCAAAGCAAUGAUGAUGAAAGGAUAACCAUGUUAGAAAAAACAGAGUCCAGGUUGAAGGAGCAGUUAAACUAUUUGGAAUUCGUAAAAAAGUCCAUGGAAGAAAAGACGCAGAAAAGUGCUGAACUCACACCAAAAACACCACCCGCAGCACUUAAUAUAGAAACUCAAGAAAAAAAACCAGAAGAGAAAGAUGUGCACGGCGCAACCUCAAAGGAUGUGACGCCCCCAAUAUCAACUGAGGCUGUGAUAGACUUUCUAAUGGACGUUAAGAAAAAGUUAAUUGCUAAAAAAUUAAUCAAUCAUCUGGAUGUUGACGCAUUUAACUGUGUGGUCAAAGCAAUCCGACUAGAAAACAUCAACAAGACUUCUAUACAGAGCGAGGUUGACAAAGAUUUAUUGGAAUGGGUGAAAACAUGCUCCAGGAGAAGGAGACCUCAAUCAAGCCAAAAUCUCUCUGAACAAGAGUUAUCUCCUUUGAAACAAAAGCUUGGAAUAGCACUGGACAAAAUGACAAACUGGGACUCGUUUAAUAUUUUUGAUUUUACCGUUCACCCAUUGGUAUUUGUAGGAUAUUAUGUUUUCUUAAAGAAUGACCUGUUACGAAAGUUUGAUAUUAAGGAAAGCGUAUUGAUCAAUUUUUUAAGAGCUGUGGAGUCAAGUUACAACGAAAAUCCAUUUCACAACCCCCUUAGAGCUGCCGAUGUGCUGCAAGCUGUUCACUAUAUUAUUGAAGAAGGAGGGCUUGGCGAUUUACUUCGUGACGAAGACUUGUUAGCAUGUUUGUUAGCAACCAUAGUAUUAGAUUACAAGCACCCAGGUACUAAUAAUUCAUUCCAAUUACAUUCCUCUUCAAAACUGGCAUUGUUAUAUAACGAUAGAUCCGUUCUUGAAAACUAUCACCUAUCAACAGCUUUUGAAGUACUCUCUUCACCUGAAAAUAAUAUUUUGAGCUCUCUUUCAGAUGAGCAAUUUAAAGAUAUUCGAGAGACCAUGAUUCAAAUUAUACUCUCUUCUGAUAUGAGUAGCCAUGUCUACACUUUGCAACGAUUUAACUUGAAACUGGGUAAAGAUCCCAGUAAUUAUGACACAGACUUUUCUUCGAAAGAAGAUGUUCGGUUACUAUUGCAAAUGGUCAUAAAAACAGCUGACAUUUGCUACACAUUCAGACCCACCCAACAAUAUUUGAAAUGGGUUGGAUAUUUAGAAGAAGAAUUUCAGAUACAGGGAGAUCGAGAGAAAAACAUGGGACUUCAUAUCUCUGCCUACAUGGACAGAACCAAGCCCAUGCACAGGUCCUAUCAGAGACAAUUCUUGUCAUCUGUUUCCACUCCAAUCCUUUCCAACAUUUCCAAAGCUUUACCUAGACUUUCAAAACUCAGUAACUUCCUUUCACAAAACGAACACCAUUGGCCUUUACCAUCAUUGGCAUCCUUUAGAAACACACAUCCCUUAGUGGUUGCUGGAGCGAAUAUCACAUCAAAUCCCAACAUCAUUUCAACCAGCAAUAUUAUUGUUUCCAAUAGCAGCACUUCCUCUGGUCUCUCCAGUGUUCCUCCUUCUUCGUCUUUUCUAUUGUUGAGUGCGAUAUCAUUGGAUGAUUCUUCUUGUUUGACGUCGACCACUCACAAUUUUGACCAUUAUACAACAAUAAUAGCUCAUAUCCUAUUAUCCAGACAAAACAACAUUAAAUACAACAAUAACAUCAUUAUGGAUUCCAAAAAGAAAGGAGAGCUCCUCGCUCCUACUUUUGAAAAACUUCAAAAGUUCUCUGAAAUGAUCACUGCUGCUCUCUUUGCUCCUCCCAUUCAUUGUCAAAUCUAUAAACAAAAAUUGAAAGAUGCUCAAGAAGUGGAAAGAAUGGUUGAAGAAGAUAAUCAAAUUGUAGCUACUGUAGUGAAGGAAGUAUCGUCACCUUCGGAAGGGGCAUCUCCUUCUUCUUCAUCUCCUACCACUACAUCUCCUACCACUACAAGUCAGGAACGUAAUAGUAACAGUACUACUACUAUAGCAGUUUCUACGACAACUGCUACAAUUUCAUCUGAAAUGAAUGGAACAUUAGUUUCUCCUUCUUCUUCUUCUUCAGAAACUACAACAACUACUACGACUACAACCACUACAACACCAACUACUACUACUACAACGGAUCAACAAUCAUUUACUUCUACAACAACGACUCCAUCAAAUUCGACAUCUGUCACUCCAAAUACCACUUCUGACACUUUGUGUGAAGAAUCUGAUGGAAUUGAAAAGAGAAAAAUUGAAGUUGAAGUCGACUGGGAGAGUUUCAAUGAAUUGUUUAAUACCUUGUUUAAUGAGGGAGCACCAGAAGUGAUUGAAACCAUUUUGAAUUCGUUCUUGUCUAAAUCAUGUGCAGCAUCUUUGAUUGGUACUUUGAUUUCACAAUAUUGUAAACCUCCACAAAACCAUAAUGAAAAAUCCAAACAUGUUCACAUUAGAGAUUUCCUCCAACAAAAUUUAAAGAAAUAUGUCAUCAAAUACAGCGAUGAUCCACGUGACGUUGGUUACUACAAGGAUGGUGUCAUUGUCGAUGUUGUAGAAAUUGAAGUCACACAAGAUGAAGAAAUUCAAUGGAUUUUCAGAGAUAUCACUAAAAAUCUCGAUCGAUGUACCGAUAUUCAACAAUUCAUUAUUGACAAGUACUAUGUUCCAGAAUUUGAGAGAAGAAUCUUGAAUGAAUUUUUGCAUCCUCUUAAAUUACAAGUGAAUUGGGAUCACAUGAAAUAUGCUGCCAUUGAUUACUCUCGUGCUGUUGAGAGAAUUUAUAAGGAACAAUCUCAAUAUGUACUUGAACAAGUUUAUUUGGCACUGAGUGACAUUUGUGCCUUUGAAGAAGAUGAUCUUGUGGAUGCGCUGUCACUUGGUCUCACCACAAUUGCCAUUACAUUACAACCAAUUCCACACUCUGGAACUGGAGAAAAACCAAAGAAGGAUUUUGAUAUUCAUGAAUCUUCAAAAACAUUGACAUUGAGACUUGUGUUAGAAGGUCAUGACAUGAAUGGAAUGUUUUUCAAAGAUGAAUUGAAGCCAAUCAUCAAAUUGGCUGGUUUGUACAAUACCGAUGUCACACCACUCUUUAAAUUUGAACUUUUAUCCUCUGCAGCACAAUUGUACAAAGUUCGUGAAUAUGCUGAUUUGAGUGUUUUAAAGAGAUUAUUGACAAGACCAGAUUUGAAUUGGUGGACUCCAACAGAAUCAGAAAAGAGUGUCAUUGAAAAGGCACGUUUAUUUAUUAAUGAAAAUACUCGUAGACGUGAUUUAAAGUUAAAACCUGGCUCUGGAAAUAAUCAACAAAAUAAUGAUGAGAAUUUGAUGAAUAACUAUGAAGAUGAUGGUAUGCAAGAAGAUGAUGGAUUUGAUGAAGAUGAAAAUAUCAAUAAUCCUUUCCAUGAAGAAAUUAUCAAAGGAUGGCAUGUGAUCAAAGUGAACAAACAUCAAAUCAGUCAAGAUCGUUAUUUGGUUCUCACUGAUAAAGCAUAUUGGACUCUCAAAUAUGAUGUCAAGACUGAACAAGGUGAUAUUGAAAAUACUAAAAAUGGAGCUAUUCAAGGUUUGAAAGUUUAUCUCCAUGAAAAACGAAAGAAGGGUAUCAUUUCAGCUGAAGAUACUGCAGCUCUUGUAGGAGAUGGUAGAAAGAGUUCUAUCAAAGCUCGUGACUCGAUGAAAUUCACGACUUCUGCAGCAGGAAAACAAUUUGCCUUCUUGCAAACAUUGAGUUAUCAAUUAUUGCAAGACAGUGGUAUUCCAAGAACUCGUGUGAAAAAGAAGAAGGCUGAAAGACCAAGACCUGACAGAAGUAAGGAAGUUGCAGAGUAUGCAAGUUUGUUUUUACCUCACAGUGAAGAAAAGGAGUUUGACGUUGAAGAUAUUAGGAGUAUUUUAACAGAGCUUUCAUGGUGUUUAUAUGCCAUUGCAAAUGCCAACUCGAAAAGAAUUCAUCCCAAUUACAAAGUCAUUGAACCAUUCUUCUCUGUGAAGGAUUUCACUGUACCAAAAUCAAAAUGGUUUUCUCCUUUUGUGAACAUGUUCAAGAGUCCAAAGAAGACAAACAACAGCAAGAAACGUGAAGUCGUUAAAUUGGAACGUAGAGCUGGUCAUUCGGCUUCUCACAUUGGUGAAUCUGGAAAUGGAGAUGCUGAAAAUUCUAACAAUACUGUCUAUGAACGUGUCACUAAGAAGAAUCCACUUCCUGUUGGUCAACAACCUCUCAAAUCUAUUUUGAAGAUCCGACAAGAGGAACAAAGAAUUUCUUUCAAUCCAAACUUUAGAGCAGUCCCAACGGCUACCAGUGGUUACACUCCAACUGGUAUCAUAAUUCCAAGUGGUGAAGAACAAAAGCAAACAAGAAGAAUUGUAUUUAAAGCAACUGCUAGAGUUUUCUAUACCGGUAAUGAGGAUGAUCAAAAUGGUGGAUUCUAUGCCGUAGAAGAAGACCUGAUAGAUGAGGAAGAAGAUGGACAAGGAUAUUAA